UUAACGCAUAUUAUCAUCUCGCAACUACAUCUACUUUAUGAAUACAACUGGGCCUUUAAAUCAUCAUCAGCAGAUUAAUGACAGAUCAUAUCCAAGAAUCAACUAUUGUUACUUUAUAUAGAUACAAGGAUAACAGAAAAAGUGUUUCAGCGACCAAAUGAGUGGACCUUAAAUGGUGCAUUGGGAUGUGUAUUAACACACUAGAUAGCCAAUCUCGUAGGCAUUGGAUCCUUAUAUAUAGUUUUCAAAGAAAAAUGAGGAGAUAGAAGUGUAUAUUCAUUCUGAACAGAUGCAUCUACGAGUAGGAAAGCCAAACACGACAUGCAGGUUUACGGAAUCCACCAACAUAAUUGAUAUAGUCAGUUUUCUGAGAAAUGGAUUCAUAUUGAUCUCCAAUGCUUAAGUGUGGCCAUACUUCACAAUGAAAUCAACUACCUGUGAAAUGAUCAUUCUAUCCGGGUUGAACCUCCCGGCCUGUCAUGAAAUAUGAAUGCGACAUUGAAAGUAAUAAAUAUAUUGAGGCUCGACCAUUUCUAGUAGCCUGCGAACAUUAUGCAUAUAUAUUUUGGCAUGGAAGCAUACGAUUAAGUUUAUUUAGACUACUGCUAACAAAUUCUGUAUUUGUCAAUCUUAUACGAAGAUUUUUGUUUUAUUAUUUUUUUUUUAUUUAUUUUUUUUUACUUAUUCGUUUAUUUUAUUUUUAGUCGUAUUUUAGUCGUUUUUGUUAUAAUAUUUAAAACAAUGUCACUAGAAACUGAUGGUGAAGAUGAGCUGGCAUCUAUCUCGCCAACAUUUAAAUCGCCACUCAUGAACCCUGUCGGAAAACCGCAGUUCAUAUCAGACCCGAGUGAGGACAAUAAAUGUUCAAUUUGUCAGUCAGUAUUAGUAAACGCUUUCCAGCUGCGAUGCGGCCAUCAUAUUUGUCAGGACGAUAUCAAGUUCAUCUUCGAACAGAAUGACACAGGCAAAUGUCUUGAGCAAGACUGUGGGGAGAUAUUUUCCAAGGAGGAUGUAUUUCCAGAUGCAUGCAAAAGGCGUGAGAUAUCGAAUCUUGCGGUAUAUUGUCCCAACAAGGAUCUAGGCUGCGAAGAAAAGCUACCCUGGUCAGGUCUAGCGACACACGAAGCCAUUUGUAGCUAUCAAGAAAGGCAUUGUGAUAAAUGUAGCCAGCAAGUACGUCUAUCAGAGCUUGAGGACCACACAUCAAACACAUGUGAAUAUAGAGAAAUACCAUGCGAAUACUGUCGGGAACGAAUCAGCAUCAAGAACAUAGAGCAUCAUAAGAAUUCGGAAUGCCAGCAUUCUCCCUUGGGGUGUCCUAACGGAUGCGGAGUUCAGGGCAUAUUACGUGAGGAGGUAAGUACAGACAGGAGGUGGUACUCGAUAUGGUAGUGGAUGGAAAAUAGAG